AUGACGCGCGCUGUCCAGACCCUCUCCGUUCUUCUCCUUGUAUCUUCACUCUACCUUUCCCUUUUCCUUGGACUCGUUCCCCUGAAUGAGACUGUCCAGACCGAAGUCAUCCCAGUUCUCCCAUUCUAUGCGCUUAUUGUCUUCGCUUGCUACCUCCUCGCCCGCCUGGGUGUGGCGAUCUUCACCUUCAACGAUGUCCCCGAGGCACACGCUGAGCUACAAAAGGAGAUCGAGCUUGCCAAGGUGGAGUUGCGCCAGGGCAAGGUUGAGGUCGAUUAA